GCGGUCCUCUGCAAGCUGCUACCGUUCAGCGCCUCCCCAGUAUCAUAAUGAAAGGAGACAGCGACAUCUCGCGGACCACGCGGGGAAUUGAAGGCACUUUCCUCCUGAUUUGCGUUACCAUGGAGAGCGUUGCUGUGUGACGCCUGGUGGUAUCCAGGAAGAAGGUGAACUAGCUGGUAGGAGGAAAAAAAUGGACGAUAAUUUCCAACAAGAAGAUGGUGGAACGGCAAGAAAUGUUGCCAAGUCUGGACGAAGAGCUCGCCCUGCGGCACACCAGUCAUCGUUUGAAGAGACUCGUCACAUAAGGAAGUCCUCCACCUCUGCUUCAGCAGGAGAGGAUGAUGAUGAGGGCCCUCCUCCUAAACCAGCCCGGCGACAGGGCGGCUGGGCAGAGGACAGCUCUGGAUCUGGUUCUGCCAAUGUCGCCACCCCCGCCCCACAGACAGGACACCAUCCAAGGGCAGGCAGAUCUUCGAGAAGACCUGCAGCUGAGGACCUCGAAGACCGCCGUCUGCGACCACAAACUCCCCAGGGAUCAGAUGAUGAAGGAGACAUCCCAACGAUUCCUGAUCUGGAUGAAGUGCAAGAAGAAGAUCUCACCAUGCAAAUUGCAGCUCCACCAUGUGUUCAGGUGAACCGAGUAAUGACCUACAGAGAUCUGGACAAUGAUCUGAAGAAUUAUUCUGCAUUCCAAACCUUAGAUGGAGAGAUCGACUUGAAGCUACUCACCAAGGUUUUAGCACCCGAGCAGGAGGUGAGGGAGGAUGAUGUGAGCUGGGAAUGGGAUCAUCUGUUUACAGAGGUGUCCUCGGAGCUGCUGAUGGAAUGGGAUCAAGGAGAGAGUGAGGAGCUGGCUGUGUAGCCUGCAACUCGAGGAGGACGCUUGAACUGAGACAUGAAGUUGCUCUAGUAGGAGUGAACAUCCCACUACAGAGAAGGGCUAUCAACUUACAAACUUCAAUUACUGUUAUUUUGUAUAAAGUGUGUGUACAGCAUUUGGUAAAUUUUAUAAAUAAAUAAAGUUGUCUGUGCAUGGAGCAGUACAGUGUUA